UGCUUAACUUUUUCUUUUUACCAAAACAAGAUAAGAGCGAGGAAUCAGAAUAUGUCUAUUUUUAUUUGUCCAUGUUGAAACAUUUUUGGCAAUACACUUUAGUUUUAUAUUCUUUCUCUUUUGGGGUUUUAUGCUUUAUCUUUGUUUUUGUGGGGGUAAACCGUAAACUGCAAAGAGAAGAACUUAGAAAAGAGAGAGAAAGAAGGUUAAUGAAUAAGGAAACGGGUUCUGUGGUCUGGGUCUAAAGAGAUUGAUGCAUCCAUAGAUCCUCUUUGUUGCUACUCUCAGAAGUUAGAAUCCUUCUAGGGUUUCUGAAAAUUUUCCAUUUUUGUUGCCACCUCCACACAUGUUGUUGAUAUAACUGUGUUUUCUUCUCCUAAACUCUCACUGGGUCUCUGUGUGUCCAGCUCAUUCUUUGAAAAUUUGCCCUCUUUUCGCUCUAAAUCUUUCUGGGUUUUUGUUUUCAACAAAAAAUUUCAUCAAAUUUUGGAACUUUCCAUGUUAUGGAGUUUAAAAAUUUUCUUUGAGCAUCUGGGUUGUUAAUUAGUUUUCUUCUUGAAUUUCAACAAGCCUGUGUAUUUCUUGAGCUGAAGCAUAUAAGCAUUUCUGGGAUUUUCCACUCAAACUUGAACAUCAUGGUGAGAGGGAAGAUUCAGAUGAGGCGAAUCGAGAACGCGACGAGCCGGCAAGUCACUUUCUCAAAGCGUCGAAAUGGGUUGCUAAAGAAGGCCUACGAGCUCUCAGUUCUUUGUGAUGCUGAAGUUGCUGUGAUCAUCUUUUCGCAGAAAGGCAGGCUCUAUGAGUUUUCAAGCACUGACAUGCAAAAGACCAUUGAGCGAUACCAUAAAUAUGCAAAAGGUGGGCAAACCAGCAACACUGAAGGGGAACAAAAUUUGCAGCAAUUGAAGGGUGAAAGUGAAAUCAUGUCACAGAAGAUUGAGCUUAUUCAACUUUCUCAACGGAAGCUUUUGGGAUAUGGCUUAAGUUCAUGUACUCUUGACGAACUCCAAGAGAUCGAUAGCCAGCUGGAGAGAAGCUUACGCAGCAUCCGGGCAAGAAAGGCUGAGUUAUUUAUGGAGCACAUAGAGCAUCUGAAAGCAAAGGAGAGACUUUUGAAAGAAGAGAAUGAAAGGUUAUGCCAUCAGUUUGGUACAAAUUCAUGGCAGAUGUCAGCACCAGAGAAAGAGGUUGUAGUCCAUGGCAGCCAAAAUAGCCAGAUCAGUUCAGUAAUAGAUGUGGAAACCGAAUUGUUCAUUGGAUUGCCAGAAAUGCGCUGCUCAUAACAGUGUUUGUUGGCUUUUCAUGUUCAUAUAAGAAACCCAAAGGUAACUUCUCAACCUCUAAUAAUUCCGGCUCCUGGAUUAUUUUCUAGGCAUAGCCAGGCAAAAUAAAAAGAAAUAACGCAGAAUGAUUGUAUUAUAUAUGUUCCCUGCAGAUAUGUUAAGGUCAAACAAUAGUUUCCUUCUAUGAUUAUUUAUAUAUUGCCAGCUAGUUGUAUGUAUCAUAAUAUACAUUAUGAUACAUAACCUUUAUAAAUAUCUUUCUAGUUCAAAAAAAAAUAAUAAUAAUGUAUCAUAAUGUAAGCAAACAUUGAAGUGUCAUUCGGGUGUAUCACCAACCUUAACUCAGUCAUGCCAAUGAUAUUGUAAUUGCUUGAGAAUAAGCAUGUAUUGUUCUAUUUAGGUAUAUAUUGUGUACAUGUGUUGGAAAAGAAUAGUGAAAAUUGUUUGUUGAGAAUU